AUGUCAUGGAUCAUCGUUCAUUCACUCAAAGCAGUGACGAGCGUGAUUACAAGUGAUCGUCAUUGUUUUGAAUGUUAUGGCUACGAUAUUAUUAUCGACGACAAUUUAAAGGCAUGGCUGAUUGAAGUGAAUGCAAGCCCCUCACUCACAUCGACGACAUCAAAUGAUCGCAUUAUGAAAUUUAAAUUGCUAAAUGAUGUAUUAAAUAUUGUUGUGCCAAACGGUGAAAUACCAGAUAUUAAAAACAAGCCACAAACAAUUACAAGGGAAGCAUUAGGAAACUUUGAUUUGUUAUACGAUGAAGAACAAGCACAAAUAGAACUAUCCGAUAAAGAUUACCGUGAACAAAAAGGAAAAGGUGGCAUUGUGCCAAUAAUUUCAAAAACCGGUCUUCUAUUAGCAAAAACAAAACAGUCAUCGACAUGGAGAUGA